UAGGCAACUUGUAUUGGUAGAUUCGAGUUGCAUCCUGUCUUUUUUUUAAUGUAAUUUGGACUUUUGAAUUGCUGAGCAUCAGCAGAGUUUCUAAAAAAGGAAAGGGAAAAAAGCGAAAACAACGUGAAGGUUCUCUGUCUGCUACGUGGCUGGCACGUAGGUGCUUCCCAAGAUUCCUUGAUUAGGGAGGGGGUAAUGCAUGAAGACAGACUACCAGUAGCCUAUAUUUGGCUAACUAAUCUGCAAUAAUGUUUUCAUCGUAGAUUUUAGGCUACUAAACUGAAUGUAGGCCUACUUGUCCUAGAAAGUUUCAAUCUAGUCAAGUCUAAUUGUGAAGUUAGACAUAACUUCAUUUGAGUCUUGUAGGGAGAUUUAGUCAUUGAAAUAGCGUGGUGCGGCUCGAAAAUGCCAAGCAAUGAGUUGAAGCAAAGGAAAAAGAACACAUCUCAGAAGCAAAAUGACGAAUCGAGCGAUGGAGCGAAACAGAAUGGCGAGGCUGAAUCAAAGAAAACCGAAGCAACCGAGCAGAAAUGUUUGGUACAGAAGAAAAGUUCUCUCCGUUUUCCUGAGCUAAGAACGCUUCUGUGUCUUCUAUCUGUCUCCGUCUGUGUUGCGCUGACGUGUGUGGUUCUGCAACAAAGUGAACGGUUUGCCGAGGUUGAGGAGAAGUACAAUCUUCUUUACGGGAGAACAGAAACGUAUGCAGACCUUGAGCAGAGAGUGGAGAGAGUAUCCGAAAAGCUCGACGUCUCCAAGAAUCGCCUGGAGGGGGCGCUCUCCUCCAUGUCCGCAGCAACCAGGCUGGCGAGCGACGUCGCCUCUCUCCGCUCAGCCGUCGCGGCGAUGCAAGCAUCCGAAGAGGACGACGUCAGCACUUCCUCCUCCCCCUCAAGUGGCAUCCAGGAAAUCAAUGCCCGCUUCCUGAACGUGACGGAGACCUGGCAGUCUGGCAUCGCCACGGUGACGACCGACCUGUCGACGCUGCGGGAGGAGUCGCGCGCGUCGCACGUCCGCGCGACCGACAGCGUCAACGACGCAGAGCGCCGGCUGCGCGCCCUGGCGGAGCGCCUGGAAGAGUUCGAGACCAGCACGCGGCGGAACGCGCGCGUCUUCGAGCGCACCGAGGCGGACGACGCGCGGCAGGUCCAGGGCCAGCUGGACUGGAACACGGCGCGCAUCUCGGAGCUGGACGAGAGGCUGGCGCGCCUGGCCCUGGCCGACCGCGAGCACGCCGAGCGGCUGGACGAGCACGUGCCGCGGGCGCAGCAGUGCCAGGAGCACCUGCCCGCCGUGGAGGAGGCCGUGCGCACCAUCCUGCGGCUGUCCACGGGCUUCGCCGGCGUGGAGCGGCGCGUGGAGGAGCUGGGCCUGCAGGUGCUGGGGCUGGAGGACAGCAUGCUGAGGGGGCUCACCCAGACGCUGCACCUCCGACAGGCCAUGGACGCGCUGAGGAUCGCCGGGGGCGAGGACAGGCUGGAGGAGGACCAGCAGCAGCAGCAGCACCUGGGCUCGUCGGCCGGGAGCGAGAUCGACGCCAUGUUGGAGACUCUCAGGGAGAUGGACAUGGAGUUGGACAGGGACGGCAAGGGAGCCAUAGAGGAGAUGCUGGAGAUGGUGAACAAGGAGGUGGGGGAGGAGGUGGUGAACAAGCCAGCAGGAGAGGAGGUGGUGGAAGAGGAGGUGAUGGAGAUGAAGAACAAGGCAGCGAGACAGGAGGAGUUGGAGGAGGAGGUGAAGGAGGAUAGGAAAGAGGAGGAUAAAGGUGCUGUGACUGAAACAAUACCCCCAGAAGAACCUGCACACAAACAGGAGCACAAUCUGGAAGAAGAAUUGCCCGUGUCUGAAGAGGAAACUGUUGAGACUGUGGAGACACAAAUCCAGGACACGGAAAAAGACAUUCCAGAGUCCCAGCCCAGUGAUGUCAAUGUGUGACAUCAUCAUUGUGCGCCUGCCAACACGUAGCUGCCUCCUCUUUAUAACACUGCUGUUUAUGCUGCCUGUGGAAAAAAGUGUUACAUGUAAAUGUAAUAGGCCUAAGUAUUAAUGGAAUAUUUGCUCUGUUAUCUAUGUUGUUUUUUUGUGUACACAGCUUCAUAUCUACUGUAACUUGGUCAGUACUGAAAAUUACCCUUACUGUAUAUGAACAGUAUUCCUUGUAU